GGCAGAUCCUGAACCAAUGCCUUCUGUCACAGCUAUCGUUAUAUGGAGUGGCGAAUCUCCUUUUGCUAAACUUCCCUCUGCGCAUUAUGCUUAUGAAGCUUUGGUACCAAAUAUAACUCCUUUCAGCUAUUUAUUUUGUAAAGCAGUUAUUGCUGACUCAACCUCGGAGUCUUUAUCUUUAUAG